AUGGAGCCUCAUAAUGUGGAGUCCGAUCUUCAAUCACUGAGAAGAUUAUACGGUCUUCUCCUAUCAAAUGCAAACAACGAAUCCGUACCCGAAGCAUUUUCUUUAGAUGAGAACACUCAGAUUCUCCUAAAGCGCAUGCUCGAUUACACGACAAACGAACUUUUGGAUAGACAAACCAAGAUACUUGCACAAGUACAGUUAGUUUUGCCUCAGAGAGUUUCUACACCAAUCAAGGAAUCAGUCUCAAAGGGUGUCACUAAACUGCCAAGUAAGGUUGGUUUAACAGAGGAAGUCGUUGAUUCAAUUGAACGAAUCGACACUCAGCUUUCGGCGUUUCGCUUUUGUUCUCGUCGUGUGGACUCUGAUGAUCAUCGAGCAAGGUCUCGCAAGCCUCCUAGUGUUGUUGCUGCUCCUCCCAUGGAAGAUCCUUACGAGACGCAGAGACUUAGCGAGAAAGCGUUGAUGGAGCGGAGACAAAGCUACGAAGCCUCUGUUUCUGGUUUAAGAAGCAAUUACACGCCAAUGAGGAAGCAAAUGAGUCGUCAGACUCCAAGCGUGACAAGUGUGAAUAGUCCUGCAGAGGCAAUAGUUCGAUACCGUGAGUCUCAAGGAAGCUCUUCUCCUCCUGAUGAUCAGUUUGUUAGGGUUAGGUCAAAGCCGCCUUUACCGUCUCCUCGUCCUCGUCAGAGUAACAUCACGUCACGCAAGACGUUAAGUAUCAUCAAACCAACUUUGUUGGAUCAAGAAACCGAGACUUGGGAUGAUGAAGAAGAUUCGACUGAAAGAGAGAGUGGAGAGACACGGUCUGGGACAAGCUCUGAAGAUGAGGAGGAAGAAGAAUCUGAAGAAACCUCUGGUGAAAGAAGAUCAACCUCUGGCUCAAGCUGGGAAACUCAGGCUGAGAGUGCCACCGAGUCAGACUCAUCAGAUCCACCGCAGAGUGAUGAUGAUGAUGGCUCCUCUGAAGUCAGUGAUUCUCCUCCACGUCAAAAGAGAGAUUAUGGUAAAAAGAUGAAAAAGACGAUGGGGAAGUUUCAAAUAUUGAAGAACAAAAUAGGACAGGUGUUUCACCACCAUCACCACCACCACCACCACCAUCACCACCACGAGAAGGAGGAAGGCAAGAAGCCAUUGCAGAGUACAUUUCAUCAGAAAGACAAAGAGAAAUCAACUGAUGAGAGACGGAGCAAAUCAGAAUCCAAAGGUCUUACUACACGUAAACACAAAGGUGGGCAGUUUCAUACACUAAUGGACGGAUUGAUGAGACACAAAAAGCACUCAAAGAAACAAAAGCACAAGCUGCCGAGCCAUGGCAGGAAAAAACAUUGGUGGAAAAUAGCUAAGCGUCAACGUGGUGGUCUCAAGUUUCUCAAAAACUAG